AUUAUAAUCAUUCCGAUAUUACCAAAGAGAGAAAGAUACCAUCAUUCUCUAUUCUGCACCCCUUCUUUUCUUUCUCUAUUUGAGUACUAGUGGAAUACAAUAUUUAUAUAUUAUCCCUUAGCUUAUUAUAGCAGUAGGAAAAUUAAUUAAAUUAUACCCAAAAUGGGGAGAGGAAGAGUGCAGCUGAAGAGAAUAGAGAACAAAAUUAAUCGACAAGUGACUUUCUCUAAACGUCGAUCUGGUUUGUUGAAGAAAGCUAAUGAGAUCUCUGUGCUUUGUGAUGCUGAGGUUGGUUUGAUUGUUUUUUCUACUAAAGGCAAGCUCUUUGAAUAUGCUACUGAUUCUUGCAUGGAGAGGGUCCUUGAAAGAUAUGAAAGAUACUCAUAUGCUGAGAGGCAGCUUGUUCCCACUGAUCCUACCUCCCCGGGAAGCUGGACUCUGGAACAUGCAAAACUCAAGGCCAGACUUGAGGUUUUGCAAAGAAACCAAAAGCAUUAUAUGGGAGAAGACUUGGACUCAUUAAGUAUGAAAGAACUUCAUAAUGUGGAGCACCAGCUUGAUUCUGCUCUUAAACACAUUCGCUCAAGAAAGAACCAAUUGAUGCAUGAGUCCAUUUCUGUGCUUCAAAAAAAGGACAAAGCAUUGCAGGAGCAAAACAACCAGCUUUCCAAGAAGGUGAAGGAAAGGGAGAAAGAGCUGGCCCAGCAAAAUCAGUGGGAUCAGCAGAACCAUGAAAUCAACUCAUCUUCAUUUGUUUUGCAGCAGCAAUUGGACUCUCCUCACCUUGGGGAAGCAUACCAGAGUGCGGGAGUAGACAAUGGAGAAGUAGAAGGAGCUAAUUCACAGCAGCAACCUACUAGUACUGGGAUGCCACAAUGGAUGCUUCGCCACCUUAAUGGCUAAACUGUGGAAAAAAUUGAUGGUCAUUAUCAAGCUACGUAUUGUCUAAACGUUCAUAUAUGUCAACUCUAUCUCUAAUUUAUAUUUAUACAAUAUAUAUAUUAUAGAUGGAUUGCUGUAAAACAUUAUUAUAUGUUAAAAUGAACUUUACUGUA